AUGACUUAUCUUCCGUCUCAGAGUUUCGCAGACGUACCCACGCUUAUUAAUAACUUUGUAAAUAAUUUUUACUCGUCUCCUGCACUUCUCACUCUCCAAACCUCUCUCUCCAAACCUUCCUCUCCAUCGCACCCUCUUCAAACCUUCCACUGGAAACAUUCCUCUUCAAACCUUUCUCUACAAACCAUCUUCUCCAAACCUCCCUCUCCAAACCAUACGCUCCAAAACUUUCUCUUCAAACCUUCUUCUGUAAACAUUCCUCUUCAAACCUCUCUCUCCAAACCAUCUUCUCCAAACCUUUCUCUUCAAACCUCCCUCUCCAAACCAUACUCUCCAAACCUUUCUCUUCAAACCUCUCUCGCCAAACCAUCUUCUCCAAACCUUUCUCUUCAAACCUCCCUCUCCAAACCAUCUUCUCCAAACCUUUCUCUUCAAACCUCCCUCUCCAAACCAUACUCUCCAAAGGUUUCUCUUCAAACCUCCCUCUUCAAACCUUCUUUUGGAAACCUUUCUAUUCAAACCUCUCUCUCCAAACCAUCCUCUCCAAACCUUUCUCUUCAAACUGUUCUCUCUAAACCCCUCUCCAAACCUUUCUCCCUAAACAUACCUCUACAAACCAUUCUCCAAACUCCCUCUACAAACCGUCCACUAUAA